GAGAAAAUUCUACAUUAAAGCUCCGACCAAACAACCACACAGCCAUGAUCUGGAUUGGAGGCCUCACAGGAUUUUGGAUAAUUGUACUGCUGACUUUUCAUGGUGCAGAUGUGGGAGAGACCAGAGGAAACUCUCUCAAUGAACCCAACGUGCCUUUCCCACCUGCCUGUCCCACUGCUCAGAACCUGGCUGCCAUCUGCCAUAAUGGUCAGCGCCGUCCCAGAUACCCACCUAGCUUUUUCCCGAACUCCAGGUUCAGUCACUUUCGCCGUCGUGGAAACGCCAUCAACCGUCUGGAGUCGUGGUACAGUCUGUGCUGCAGUGGACAGGUCGCACAGCAGAGCAGCCAGAUCCUCUGCUGCGCCCAACAAGCUUGGAAACAAGCCUUGUCCGAGUUCUGUGUGGAAGAAUAUUCCACCAUGACUCGUGCAUAUGAGUGCUGUGCGGACAGAGGAGAUGCACGGUGGAGGUGCUUCGACAGCGAGCUGCCAAACCCAAACUACAGCCCGAUACCAGGCUACACUGCUCCCCAAGUCCCCGAGGAAACAGGAUUCACCUUUAACCCAUUGGCUUGCUAAAAAUGGAAAAAGAAAUAUAUGAGUAAAACUUACAGAACAGGUUAAAAUAUCUACAGAUUAUUGUUUUUGUGUAGCUUUAUGGAGUGAGAUUUUGUCCAUGUGCUUAAACCUGCAUCACAAAAAUGUGCAAGAUGAUGCUGAGCUAUUAAUGCCGUGAAUCCAUCCUGCAGAUCUUUGUCACAUAAGUCAGGGCAUGCUAGUUGUGUUUAUGCUGAGUAGGGCAGAUAAAAGCUGAGGUCAUGCAUUAUUUUGAAAGCUCUUUAUUUUAACCAAGCUUUGUCACAACAGUAAACUUGUUUUGUUUUUUUAUUGUACUUGCAACAAAUGUUUGCUGUUUAAAUCACAGAAAAAUUGUGACCUGUGUGAAAUCCACCUUUUUUGA